AGGAAGUCUGGGGUCUUUGCUGUCACUGCGGCUUAGGCUGGCAAAACGUCUGGGAGGAGCCCCGGGGGCCACAAAACUGCCUCCUUCCCUGUCCUCGGAGAGAAAAGCUGCAGGAAGGUGGCACACAGAAGCGCCCUCCGGACAUGGGCCGCCCGCUGCUGUCGCUGCUGCCGCCGCUCCUGCUGUUGGUUCAGACCUGCGUCCCAGCCUUCUGGGGCCUGCGGUGCAAGCAUUGUGAGAGCAGCGGGUAUUGCUGGGUGGACGAGUGCGCCCUGGACCAGGACCUCUGCAGAACCACGGUCAUGCGCAUUUGGGAAGGAGGGGAAGAGUUGGAGGUGGUGGAGAAAGGCUGUACCCACUCAGAGAAGACUAACAGGACCGUGAGCUACCGGACCGGCUCACAGAUCAUCACUCUUAUAGAGGCUGUGUGUGGGUCAGACUUGUGCAACCAGCCCAGGCCUGUCCGUGCUCCCUCCUUUCCCCAAAGUCGUUACCUUGAAUGUAUUUCCUGCGCCUCAUCAGACAUGAGCUGUGAGAGGGGCCGGGAGCAGAGCCUCCAAUGUCGCAGCCCUAGAGAACAGUGUCUGGAGGUGGUGACCUACCGGAGCCUAGAAGAGAGUCUAAAGGAUGAGCCACAGUUGCGAGGCUGUGGCUUCCUCCCUGGCUGCCCAGGCCCCACUGGCUUCCACAACAACCACACCUUUCAUUUCCUGCAGUGCUGCAACACCACCAAGUGCAACAGGGGCCCAGUCCUGGAGCUUCCAAACCUGCCGCUGAAUGGCGUUCAAUGUUACAGCUGUGAGGGGAACAGCACCCAUGGAUGUUCCUCCCAAGAGGCUUCUCUCAUCGGCUGCCGCGGCCCCAUGAAUCAGUGUCUGGAAGCCACUGGCACUAAUGGACUGGAGGACCCAACCUAUACAAUAAGAGGCUGUGCAACCAAGUCAUGGUGCCAACAUGUCCAUGUGGCUGAUGCCUUCCCCAUGAUGCAUCUCAACGUUUCAUGCUGUAAUGGAAGUGGCUGUAACCACCCAGCCCGGGAUGUCCAGCACCGCAGAGCGGGUGCCCCUCAGCCUGGCCCUACCCACCUCAGUCUCACCAUUACUCUGCUUAUGACUGCCAGACUGUGGGGAGGCACUCUCCUCUGGACCUGAACCCAAUCCCCCACCUCUACCCCUUCUAGAUCUGGGGAAACUCCUUUGCCCUUCCUUCAGCCCUUGGCCCUGAAGACUUGCUGCAUGAUGUCAGGCCAGUGUGCUAAUGUUUCUGGGUCUCAGUCUUCCCAUCUGCCAAACACCUACCUAUCUUGGCAGGGUGUGGUAGUUCAUGCCUGUAAUCCUAGCACUCUGGUAGGCCAAGGCUGGCAGAUUGCUUGAGCUCAGGAGUUUGAACAAGACCAAGACCCUAUCUCUACUAAAAGUAAAAAAUCUAGACAGGCGUAGUGGCAGGUGCCUGUAGUCCCAGCUACUUGAGAGGCUGAGGCAAGAGGUUUGCUCAAGCCCAAGAGUUUGAGGUUGCUGUGAGCUAUGGUGUCAUGGCACUCUACCCAAGACGACAGAAUGAGACUCUCUAAAAAAACAAAACAAAGCCAGCUGCAGUGGCUCAUACCUGUAAUCCUAGCACUCUGGGAGUCUGAAACAGGUGGAUUGCUUGAGCUCAGGAGUUUGAGAACAGGCUGAGCAAGAGUGAGACCCCCAUCUCUACUAAAAAUGAAAAACUGAGGCAAGAGGAUUGCUUGAGCUCAAGAGUUUGAGGUUCUGUGAGCUAUGAUGCCAUAGCACUCUACCAAGGGCAACAGAGUGAGACUCUAUCUCAAUAGUAAUAAUAAUAAUAACAACAAAACAAAGCAAAAUGCCUAUCUCAUAGUAGAGUUGUUGUAAGAACCAGGGGAAAAAAGCUGGAGAAAAACUUUGGGCCAGGAGAUAUGAUAUAGAGAACUGUUGUUAUUAAUAAUGUCACUAUUGUUAUUAUUAAUUAAUAUUCACAUUAUUUAUUUUAUACUUAAAUAAAG